AUGUCAUUUUACCUCUCACUGCUCCUAUCUACUCUCUUCAUUGCCCAAGCCUAUUCUCGCCCUCAACUAGCCGAUGGCAGCAUUUCUGGUACCAUCUUAGGCAACAUGGCAGGUGGACCAGUGGCACCAGCGGCUCCAGUUGCUGCAGCUGUACCAGCGGCCCCAGCCGCAGCUACAGCUCCUGUAGCCACUCCAGCCGCCACACCAGCUGUAGCUAGUCCAGUCGCAGCAAGUCCUGUAGCUGCUAGUGGUACUAGUGCAGCUGCGGCUAGUCCAGCUUAUAGUGGAGCUUCAUAUCCGGCUACUGGAUCGGCUGGCUAUAGUAGUGCAGCAUCGACUGGUUAUACUGGUACUGGCGCUGCUGGUUAUACUGGCACUGGAGCUGUUGCUGCACCAGCUGCUGGAAGCUUUGUUGUAUAA